CUCCCGCCGCCGGGAGCGCGCAGAGCGGAGCGGGCGGAGAGCCGCAGCCCAGGGCGCCCGCCCGCCGCCCGCCAUGAGCCGUGGCCCCGGCUGCCGGCCAUGGCGAGGCUCCCCUGCGCGCUGCUCCUGGGCCUGGCGCUGCUGCUGCGGGCGCGCCCGGUCCCCGCCGCCCAGCCCGGCCGCUCGGACCUCAGCCUCAUCCAGCAGCGCCCGCGGCCGCGGGACCGGGCCGCGCAGGACCCGCCCGAGGGGCCCGGGGCCUCCGCCUCCCCGGCGCCAGGGUCCGUGUUCACGCUGAAGGUCCAGGUGAAUGACAUCAUCAGCCGCCAGCCCCUGAGCCGCGCGGUGGUCGAGGUGUUUGUCAACCACACGAAGACGAAUUCCGCCGCCACCGGGAGCCAGGGCUCCGUGCUGGUCCGCGUGCCCUUCGCGCUGGGCCUGGGCCUCACCAUCCUGGCGCACAAGGUCGGCUACGUGCUGGCCCCGCUGGCCUGGAGGCCCGGCCAGAUGCCAAUAUAUUCAUCAGUGACGCUUUCACUGUUCCCGCAAAGCCAAGCAAAUAUAUGGCUGUUUGAAGACACCGUUUUAAUUACUGGAAAGUUAGCCGAUGCCAAAUCUCAACCAAGCGCCCAGUUUUCAAAAGCCUUCAUCCAGCUCCCGGACAGCCACCAGCUGGGCAACGUGACCGGCUACCUCACCGUCCUGCAGCAGUUUCUGAAAAUGGACAGUUUCCUGUAUACGGCCGGAGUCACGCUUAACACAUCAGGUUUUGAGAGCAUCGAGCUGACGCCCCUGGCCGCGGUGUGCGUGAAGAUGUACUCGGGCGGCCGGGAGCUCCAGGUGGCCGGCUCCGUGCAGCUUUCGCUCCCGCUUCUCCACCCCCAGGGCGUGCGGGCGGGGGACCCCGUCCCCGCCUGGACCUUUGACAUGAACACAGGUACUUGGAUCAGUCACGGCCGGGGAGUGGUCAAGGACUACAAUAAUCAUUUAAUCUGGACGUACGACGCGCCGCAUUUGGGCUACUGGAUAGCAGCUCCGCUUCCAGGAACUAGAGGCCCCGGCGGCGGAGACUCCGCGGACAUCGCCGCCUACCACACGGUGUUCCUGACGGCCAUCCUGGGGGGCACGGUCGUCAUCGUCCUCGGCUUCUUCGCGGUGCUGCUGUGCUACUGCAGGGACAGGUGCGGUCCUCCCCAGAAGAGGGACAGGACGGUCACCAAGCUGGAGGCCCUCAGGAGAGACCAGACCACGUCCACCACGCACAUCCAGCACAUCGGCGCUGCCAAGGCCGCCCUGAGAGCCGAGGACAGGGGGAGCCCCUCCCGCAGCCCACAGAGGCCCGGCCUGGCCAGGCCCGAGGCGGAGGAGCGCGUGGCCCUGGUGAAGACGCGGGAGCACUUCCAGCUCUACGGGGAGGACGCGGCCUUCCUGCCCGCCCAUCAGAGGACCCCCGCGCCGGCCUCGGAGCCCCGGCCGCUGGCACGCGCCCCGGGCAGCCUGGCCCCCCGGGGGGACGCCGAGGAGGAGACGCGGCACCUGGCGGGCCACCCGGAGGGGUACGCGCGCGCCCCGCUCCCCGAGCAGCUGCUGCACCUGUACGGCCCGCCCCUCGCCGUCCUGCAGGGCGCCGACCUCUUCGCCCCCGAGCAGCUCCAGCUCGCGGCGGCCCGGCCGGCCACGCUGCCGCGCAAGGGGCCGCUGCUCUACGGGCCGCUGCGGGCGCCGGGCCCCGGGGAGCCCUCGGCGCAGACGCUGCCCCCGGCGCCGGGGCUCGCCCCCGCCCCGCCGGCCCGGGAGGAGGGCGCGCCGCCGGGCCCCGCGUGGGGCCGCUACCCCAGCAGCCUCCUGGAGUCGGUGUCGGUGCCGGGCGCGCUCAACGAGGAGCUGCAGGGGCUGUCGGAGCGCGCGCGGCGGGCGCUGUCCCCGCCGCCGCCCUGCCCGCACCCGCGCGCCUGGUUCGUGUCGCUGGACGGGCAGCCGGUGGCCCCGGUGCGCCACUCGUUCAUCGACCUGCAGCGCGGCCGCCGCGGCCACAGCCACAGCCACGACGCCAGCCUGGACUCGGGCGUGGACAUGCAGGAGCCCCACGCGGGCCCGGGCCGGCGGCUGGAGCGCGAGCGGACCUUCCUGCGCGGCGCCGCCCCCCGCGCGCUCGACCUGGAGGACGCGGACCUGAGCGGCAGCGAGAGCGGCACGGCCGGCUGCUCCCCCGAGGACCCCGCGCCGGACGGAGGGGGGCCCCUCCCCGAGCGCCCCGGGGAGGAGGAGGCCCCCGGGAGCCGGGGCGCCGGGGACGGAGACGAGGCGGCAGCCGGCACCUCCCCCGCCAGGAAGAGGGGGCGCCCGCCGCUCCCCAAGAGGGACAGCAAGGCGAGCAUCUGGAGGAAGCGGGAGGGGCGCCCCCUGCUCCCCACCAACUAGCC